UUGUUUUUUCAGUCUGGAUCCGAUUCGGAUGGUGAAAGUACAAGCAUUAGAAAGAGUAGUACUAGCUAUCAAGCGCUUGCAGAGAAACCACAGUUCAGCCUUAAGCAGGUGCGUAUGAUUUGCGAGCGUCUCCUCAAGGAACAGGAAAUGCGCCUUCGAUACGAGUAUGAAAUAGCACUGAAUCAAAAACUUGACGAGCAACACGAGCAGUACGUUCAAUUUGCCAGUGAACAGAUGACAUUGCAGUACAAGGAGAACUCUGCUGGCGAAUUUUCAUAUCUUUCAUAA